AUGAAUUGGUCUAAAGCUACUACUGGAGGUGAUCCAUUAGCAUUUACAAGUAUAAGAUCACAUACUGCUACUGUUGUAGGACACAAGAUAUUUGUAUUUGGAGGUUCCGAUGCAAACGAUAAGUUUAAUGAUCUACUUGUAUUUGAUACUAAAACCAUGUUUUGGAGUAAACCAACAACAAAUGGAGCAGAGUGUAUACCAGGUCCACAUAGAGCACAUAGUGCAACAUUGGUAGAUUACAGAUUAUUUGUAUUUGGUGGUGGUGAUGGUCCAAACUAUUUUAAAGAUUUAUAUAUUUUAGAUACAAAAACAUUAACAUGGAGUAAACCAAUAACAAAUGGUAGUGGACCAGGACCAAGAAGAGCACAUACAGCUAAUUUGGUUGCUGGUAAAAAUAUUUAUAUAUUUGGUGGAGGUGAUGGUAACAAGGCAUUGAAUGAAAUGUAUGUUUUGGAUACAGAGACAUUGACGUGGACCUGUAUAAAGGCAAAUGGAUCGUUGCCGGGAAGUAGAGGAUACCAUUCUAGUUUAUUGAUGAAUGGAAAGAUUGGAGUAUUUGGUGGGUCCGAUGGUGCUGAAUGUUUUUCAGAUUUCCAUCUAUUCGAUCCUGCCACCAACACUUGGAGUAGACUGCCAGUGACCAAUCCAACACCCAUCCUUGCACAAAGUUGCAUUUCAAUUGGAAAGCGUAUUCUUGUAUUUGGAGGUCACAAUGCAACCGACUAUAUCGACACUCUCAAACUAUUCCACAUUGAUCGUUUGGAAUGGGAAAAUUUGAAAUGUACAGGCGCUCCACCUCAACCACGCGGUUAUCAUUGUUGUUGUUUUGUAGAUCAUCGUUUAUUUGUUAUUGGAGGUUAUGAUGGUACAAAAUGUUUUCCUGAUGUUCAUAUUUUAGAUUUAGGUUCUUAUGCUUAUUAUGAAGCAUAA